GAUAAACCGCGAAAGGCUUUAUCAUACGCAAAUAUACCCCACACAGGUUUAUCCGCCCAGAUAAACAGUACAGGGAUAGAUCAUUACACGGAUUUUUUUUUCAGUGUUGCAUAUUUUGCAAUCGUCCAGAUACGAGAUUUUCUUGAAGAUUUAGCUGAUGUACGUUGUAUUGAUCGAAGUGAUGUAAAUUUAUGUAUUCAAUUGAAACAAUUGUUAUUGAUUCAGAUUGAAAAAUAUUUUAUUGGAAAAGAAGAACAAUGGAAAAUAUUACAAAAUUAUGCUUAUUUUGAUCCCAUUGGUUAUGGAUGUUUGAAUCGACGAGAACGACGUGCAAUUGAAAGUAAUAUUGUGGCUUCAUAUGAACAACGUAUCUUUCAAGAAGCCGAUGAAGACAUUUUCGAACAAACAGGAUCGACAUUUGAUUCACAACAAAAAGUUGAACAAUCAUCUACAUCUUCCAUGGCUACAUUUCUUCGUUCAAUUGGUAAAAAAAAAUCAUCUUCAUCAUCAAAUGUCAGAUCAACUACAAAAAGCAAACUCAACGAAGAGCUGGUGGCUUAUCGAUCGUUAGCUCAAAAAGAAUUCAAUGCUGUUGUUGAAGAUGAUAAAAACUAUGAUGUGAUGGAAUUUUGGGAACAAAAUCGUUCAGAAUUGAAUGGUCUAUUUAAAAUCGCUUGUGGUCAUCUUGUUACACCAGCAACAUCAGUUGCUUCUGAAAGUGCUUUCAGCACAGCUUCUUACCUAUUAAGAAAACAACGAUCACGUUUAACUCCAGAUAACUUAUGUCAUUCAAUGUUUCUCAAGGACAAACUUCACGACGAUGGCAACGAGUCUGAUAUUGAAUAA